UAGCGAACACCACCGCGCCCUAAAAAUUGGGGAGUGCACCAAAACUCCAGUCAUUUCGCGUCCGUCACAUUCACGAGUGAGAAGAAGAGAGGCAAGAGAGCCAUCACAUUGGCUCUCGCCUCCAACUCAGGCUCCUCUUUGAUCCGAACCCUAACACGUAAUCGAGGGGAGCUGCAAUGGAUCUGACAGAGAGAUCUCACCAAUCCCUCCUCCCGACCUUCCUGUACUCGCCCACCCCGGCCUCCGGAACCCGAGCCCUGGACCGGAUCCUGGGGAGGACCACUGCCUCACCGGUGACGGCGGGCAUUGCCGCCUCGCCAGCCCCAGUCGUUGCCCAGGCGCCCAACGAGCCCGGAAAAAUCGAGAUGUACUCGCCCAUGUUCUACGCCGCCUGUACCGCCGGCGGCAUCGCCAGCUGCGGCCUCACCCACAUGGCCGUCACUCCGCUUGACCUCGUCAAGUGUAAUAUGCAGAUCGACCCAGCUAAGUACAAAAGCAUCUCUUCAGGAUUUGGAGUCUUGCUUAAAGAACAAGGGAUCAGGGGUUUCUUUAGGGGCUGGGUACCUACUCUGCUUGGAUACAGCGCCCAGGGGGCAUGCAAGUUUGGGUUUUAUGAGUACUUCAAGAAGUACUAUUCAGAUAUAGCUGGGCCAGAGUAUGCCGCCAAGUAUAAGACUUUGAUCUAUCUUGCUGGGUCUGCUUCUGCUGAAGUGAUUGCUGAUGUAGCUCUCUGCCCCUUUGAGGCUGUGAAGGUUCGGGUCCAGACACAGCCUGGUUUUGCAAGGGGAUUGAGUGAUGGGUUGCCUAAAUUUGUCAAAUCUGAAGGUGUUAUGGGACUAUAUAAAGGAAUAGUUCCACUUUGGGGGCGUCAGAUUCCUUAUACCAUGAUGAAAUUUGCAUCCUUUGAGACUGUGGUUGAGAUGAUCUACAAAUAUGCAAUUCCAACACCCAAAGACCAGUGUAGCAAAACACGUCAGCUGGGCAUAAGCUUUGCUGGUGGUUAUAUUGCUGGAAUUUUCUGUGCUAUAGUUUCUCAUCCAGCUGACAACCUUGUCUCUUUCCUAAACAACGCUAAGGGUGCUACAGUUGGUGAUGCUGUGAAAAAGCUUGGUCUGUGGGGUCUUUUCACACGUGGGCUCCCUCUUCGUAUUGUGAUGAUUGGCACUCUAACUGGCGCACAGUGGGGGAUUUACGAUGCUUUCAAAGUCAUGGUUGGCCUGCCAACGACUGGUGGAGUCUCUCCUGCACCAGAACUGGCUAAGCUGAAAGCAGCUUAAUGAUUAUUAUAGAUAUCAAUAAUAUAAGAUUGUCAGAUGCCAAAAUACAUUUUGUUUGGGAGUGUUAUAUCCUUCCAGAGCACCUCAGUGUCUGUUUUCAAUAUGUUUUAGGCGACGGUUUUGUUCUCAUAAUUUAGGCCUGAGAAACUCAUCAAACAGGUAAAUGCAGCUUUUAACAUCAUAACAGCAGGAGGGUUUCCAUGGAUUUAUCGGGAAGGCAUAACCCUUGUAAGUCCGAUCAUCAUAUGUUGAGUUAGUGAUGAUUCGUGUCAAAUUUCAUGCCCUUUGUUU